AUGAGCCAAAUUCGUGCCUCAAUUAACUUCUCUCACCGAAAAAAGCAAAGUCAUACAUGUGAUACUAAGUUCAACCAGUCAAGUGCAACACCUAUUAAUGAAAAUACCGAUGAAUCCAGUGAAUUAAAUACAGAUUUAGAUAAUACGGAUGUUGAUGAAGAACAGGAUAUUGAACCAUCAAACUUAACUAGUACUGAUGAUUGGGAAAAUCAAUUAC